AUGCGACUACGGGGUCCUGCCACGGUGCCACGACCAGAGUAUCAGUGGCCGACCAAACUCCUUGUACGCCCAAAAUCUCAGGAUGCAGAGGUUCGGAUGGUGCAUUUGCAGGAACGACCAGAAGUUGUGGAAGUUUUCCUCGCUGCGCGACGUGCCCCCACCCCAAAGCCAGAGGCAAAUGCCUUAGGUGUGAAAGAUCUGGCAGAAGUCCCUAUGGCGACAUUAGCCGAGGAGACUGGAGACGUAGUUACCAGAGGAGCUCCUAGAGGCGGGCUCAUUGAACACUCUGAAUCGGAGUGGUCAUCCCCGAUCGUGAUCGUUUUGAAGAAGAAUGGGGAAGAUAUCAGAAUAUGUGUUGAUUAUAUGCUGGUUAACCAGUUGAUCAAGAUAUCACGAUACCCCCUACCUUUGAUUGACGACCUCCUGACUGAUUUUAAGACCGCGGCAUGGUUCAGGAGAUUAGAUAUGGCGAGCGGUUUCUGGGCAAUUCAGAUGACGAAGCGGGCAAAGUUGAUUUCGGCUUUUGUCUGUCCGUUCGGACACUUCCAGUGGAUCCGGAUGCCUUUUGGACUCAAGAACGCGCCGUUAGUGUAUCAGAUGGGAUUCGUGCGGCUCCCACCCGAGGAAGAGGCCAAGGUCGAUCGAGAUGUCCUAGAAAUUCUGAAGUUGCCUGUCCCAGACACUGGACCGACGAUCGAGAACCCUCGUCACGAAGGUAGUACCAGACUUCUGGAGUUGACGAAGGAGGCGUCUGCAUUCAGGCGAAAUAUUCCGACACCGACACAGAUGGGACCAGUCGUGAGGCGAAGUUCCUACAUAGAUGACAUAGCUCAUGGGGCGCCUACCUGGAACCAGCUCUAUGAGGAUCUGAAUGCUCUGCUGUUCCGACUCAGAUACUGGAAUAUUUUGGUCAGUCUCCCGAAAAGCGAGUUCGGUAAGCAUAUGCCGUAUCUGUCCCACGAAGUCUGUGCCGAAGACAUUAGAGCUACCCUGAAGAUUGCCAGGAGCGUUCAAGACCUACCGUUCCCAUCGACUUUGAAGGGCGUUCAAUCGUUCUUAGGAAGUCUGAAUUACUACAACAAGUUUAUCGAGGAUUUACCUGUUGUUGCGGCUGUGCUACGAGGACCGCGUUCGAGCCGACCCGAUUUGGAUAGGGCCAAUGAAGCGUUCAAGAUUCUGAAACGUAAGAUUACGUCGACUCCGCUGCUGCGUCAUCCGGAUUGUACUAAGCCGUUUGUUAUCAUCCCACAUGCGAACCCCUGGGCGGCCUGCGCUGUCCUGGGGCAGGAAUAUGGUGGGGUCAUCCAACCAUUUCGUUUUACGGGCCGGGUUCUGAGCGAGUCCGAACUCAGAUACCAUAUUGCAGAGAAGGAUGUGUUGGUAAUCCAGCGAGUCCUAGAUCAGUUCCGUCCACUCAUCUACAGUUCAGAGAUACCGAUUGUAAUAUAUACUCGGUACUCGGUCCUGAAGAGGCUACUGAAGUCAAAUUCCGCCGACGGCCGUCACCUAAAGUGGGGUCUGGAAUUGUCGAAGUGGACGCUGGAACUACGCCGUGUGCAGCGCGAUGAAGAUGGAUUAGCCGACAUCCUCGGCGCGGGCAUUACCCCCAGGGGACAUUUAGACGAAGUUGCUGAAAAUCUGAUUCCGGCCAAGGGGCGAAUCAAAGCGCCCCCUCCAAUCAGUGUAGAGAUGCUGAAUUCAGACAUCGAAGGAUACGUUCUGAGCUUCGAUGAUGCGGCCAAGGUCUCCACCAGACAGGGAAAGUAUCACGGGUUGAUCAAAGGCUUGGAACUAGCCGUCGACCGCGGUUUCAGAGAUGUGGUCGUGGUCGGCGAUUCCAGGAUUGUCAUCCUACAAGCGCAAGGCUAA